AUGUCGGACGUUGGAUGCGUUUGGGGCGGACGAUCGGAUGGAGGAGCUCGACACGGGAACUCCGGGCAAACUUCAGACACGGGGAAGCUCUGGAACACGGCAUUCAUGGGGAUCGCGUUUGGGAUGGGUUCGGCUCGGCGUCUGAAACACGGGGCAAGCGAGAGUGACGACCAUGGUGGCUACCAUCACCUUCACGGUCACAAUGUAGUGCGUGAAUCUGCUUUCAACUUCGCCGUGGUGAAAGCUCACCUAGAUACCUAUCGACGCGGUUUGUUCGUUGGUUGGAAAGCAGACAACCAGGGAAGAAGGCAUCUCGCCCAAGCGGCGAUAGAGGCGCAGGCUGGCAAUGCUGGCGAAGAAAGAGAAGACUGGGAGUUGCAGUCUGGUAUCUACAUGCAGGUGUCGGGUGUUCUAGCUCGCGUUCGGUGGCCAACCUGGGCAUCGGUCUACGGUUGA